CUCCGGUGGAAACAGGUGAAGAGGAACAACCAGGAGAGAGAUAAGGUUUAAAGAUCCUCAGAGACAGACACAGACACAGCGUCUUGUUUCUGGACGUCCGGCCGAUCGAUCACUCGCACACACAGACAACAUGGCCUCCGUCGCCCCCCCCUUCAGCCGCAGGCAGUGGGCGUCCCAGUCACUGAGGGUCACCGCCAAGGAGAUGUCCAUCGUCUCCGCCCGGGGCAAAACCAACGCCAUCGCAGAACGCUUCUCCAAGUACCAGAUGGCAGCGGAGGAGGGGAACGCAGAGAAGAAGAAAACGGCUGCAGCCCCUCUGCCCUCAGCGCUACGCAGCGGGAGUCUGAGUGUUUUAAAGAAACGCUGGGAGCAGCCGUCGUCCUGUCACCGAGCCCGAACCCAGGAGGCCACACCCCGCGGCCCCGCCGACCCUCAGACCCCCAUCAGCCAAUCCACGGGCCCCAAACCCUCACCCGGGAGCCGCUCGGACGCCUGGAGGAGCUCCACCGUCCCCCCGGAGCAGGACCCGGAGCCACAGCCUGAGACCGGUGAGGACCAGCUGGACCUGACGGACAUGGAGGAGCCGCCGAGCAGAAGCACCGAGGAGCUGGAGUGUGAGAAGCCCAGCGUCCCCCUCCACAGCCUGAAGAGGAUGUUCGAGACGGGAGAGAAGCCGAGAGACGAGGAGUCCGGAGAACAGUCAGGUGAUAACAUGGAGCAGAUACUCGGAGAUGGAAGUCUUGCUGACUCCACCCCUCUCCGGGACAGGAUGGCCCUCUACCAGGCGGCCGUCUCCAAACAGGACGUCACCAGCGAUCAGCUGGACGGGUUCUGUGGGAAGCAGAAGGAGAACGUCCCUCCGUGCUCUCUGGACCUGACUCCAGAGUCCGACUCACACGUCAGAAGAGUUUUAACUGCAGAAAGCAACGGUUCUGGUCCUGGCACCCCGGUGUCGUCCAAUCAGAAGGACUCGUCUCAGCCCAAGACUCCCAGAAACUUCCGGCCGCCGGUGAGGGAGACCUGCGUGUCCUGUGAGAAGACGGUGUAUCCUCUGGAGAGGCUGGUGGCCAAUCAGCACGUCUACCACAGCUCCUGCUUCCGCUGCUCACACUGCAACACCAAGCUCAGCCUGUUGAACUACGCCUCCCUGCACAACAACGUGUACUGCAAGCCGCACUUCAGCCAGCUCUUCAAGGCCAAGGGCAACUACGACGAGGGCUUCGGCCACCGGCCCCACAAGGAGCUGUGGGAGAGCAAAGGCGACGCCGCCGAGUCUCCGCCCCCGAGCAGCCUGAAGAUCCCGAGCUCGGCCCCGGCCCCGGAGCUGGAGAGCCCCAGCGUGGAGGACUCCCCGCUGGCCAAGGUCAACGUGCUGAUGGCCACGAUGGAGGCGCUGGGUCAGGGGUCGGCAGAGAAGGCCGACCGACCCAGCGAGGCGCGUCGACUCAAGAUCUCCUGGCCGCCACGCACAGAGCCGGGGGAGGGCGGGGCCGCCACAGAGGCGGGGUCUGCUGGUAAGCCAAUCAGAGCCAAGUGGCCCCCAGAGGAAGACUCCCCCUCCUCACCCACAGAGGAGGCCAGGGAGACGGCCAGUCUGCGCCACAGCUCCUCCCUGAAGGAGCGCAGCCUCCCCUUCACGCUGGCAACCAGCCCCGACUCCAGGAAGCAGAGUUCACCUCCUCCUCCUGAGGAGCUCAGCCCGGAACCCUCCGGCAUGGAGCUGCAGCUCGGAGACGGCCAGUCCUCCUCCAGCCAGACGCCCACCGAAGACAACUGCAUCGACAUUCACACCAGCUCAGGAGAGGAGGAGCAGGAGCAGGAGGAGCAGGAGGAGCAGGAGGAGCAGGAGGAGCAGGAGGAGCAGGAGGAGCAGGAGGAGCAGGAGGAGCAGGAGGAGCAGCAUCAUGUCGUCCAGGAGGAGCAGGAGGAGGAGCAUCUGGAUGGACAAGCUGAGCAGCAGGAGGAAGACGAGGUGGAUAAGAUGGAGGAUGAGGAGGAAGAUGGAGGCGUGUUGGAGGAGAUGCUGAUGGAGCAGGUGGAGGCCAGGUCGUCCCAGGACGUGGGAUUCUGGGACAGCGAGGAGGUGGAUGAUAAAGUGGAGGAGGAGGCGCUGACGGUGGAGGAGAUGAUCAAACGUAACCGUUUCUACGAGGAGGAAGAGGAGGAAGAGGAUGUGUGAGGCCAACACGUCGACUUCCAGGACUUUUUCUUCUUCCUCUUCUUCUUCCUCUCUUCUCGCUGCAGGACGCUCUUUCUAUUCUUCUGUAUUCGUGCCUCUUAAACAUUUCAACUCAUAGUUUUUACUGUUGCUUCGGCAUGAUUAGUUUUUUAAGUGAGAUAUUUGAAACUACAUGUUAGGAAUAUUUUUAGAAACAGAAAAAGUUGUGACACGUUGAAUAAGCAUUUUUAACUUUGUGUACGUACCUGUUGUGAUGAUGCUGUUUUCCUGGGACGCCUCUGGAUCUGUUACGAUCACCAGCUCCGUGCUCUUAUCACACGAGAAGUGGGAAACUCACUCGUCUCUUAGGAGCAAAGUUCAAAGUGAAACUCUGAAGCUGCUCAGCCCGAAAAAAGAAAAAUACAUUUCCUCUUUUUAUUGAAUAAAUCUGUCACUUUCUUUCUUCUUUUGUUUUGCAUUUGAAUCACGAUCUUUUUAAAAUCAGGGACCAAAUAUCCUAAACUUCUACUGUUCAAAUAAAUUGUUAUUUACUAAACA